CCGCACAACGCCUCUUGAUGUCUUGCUCCAUUAAGUAAUGCGUCUUAGGUCUACUCCUCAAGAGCUUCAAGAUGAUAUGAUUUCCAUCGUCUGUGUCCGCUGUGGCGAGGAGAAACCGGCAGGUGACUUUAUUGGCAAAAGGAAAUCGGUGGGGCACACCAAGAACUGCCAGGACUGUCGCAAUCAGCGCAGUUCUCAUUACUCCAGGUCCAGAGGCGCGAUCCUGACGUUAAGGAACCUCGCCGUCAAUCCUUCCUCAACUGGGGGUCCCGCUCCGAAGAGAACUGAAGAAGAUGCUAGCCUAUCACCUCCUAACGCCAGGUUCGGAACCCAGCCUACGUCGCCAGAGAGGCUACGGCAAUGUCAUACAGCGAAGACGUUAUCCGGGGCGUCGAUUAGCCAGCCGUGUGUAGUGUUGGGGACGCCAAUUCCACCAACCCAACAAAGCUCGCGGCUCUUCCGUACAAUAGCUCCCUUACCUCCUGUGUAGCCGACGGCACUACUAACCGCCUCACAUUCUGAUCCGUCUACUAUCCGAAGCAGCACGCCUGAUAUAGGUCACCCUGACUUGGCUCCUAGAUUCCUCAAGUGCGGGAGAGACUCACAGGACGAUUCCUCCAUGGCCGGCGCAAGGGCCAAGCGGGCUGCUAUCCAGCGCGGCCAUCGUUCACGACGCCGUGCAGGGGAGACUGUGUCACUGACUCCCUCAAUAUCUCAACUCGGCGCGUUUAAAGGUUCGGAGGGGCCUGGGGCAGAUAUUCUUACUUAAUGGUCGAAGUACUUCGGGCUAACCACAGAAUGUAGAUGCCAGCC